UGUAACCGGAGAGGGGCCUCAGAGAGGGAAUGCAGGACUGCAAUGGAGCACAAUGCAAUACAGUGGUUGGGUGCUCCCUCCUGCCAGCGGGGCAGUUAUGCCUUCUAUAAGUCGGUGAGCAGCAGAGCUCAGCCCGACGGGCCCGUCCAGGUGUGGAAGCUCGGGGAGUUCUACUUCAUCCGCUGUGGACCGCAGGAUCCCGUGUGCGUCGCUGAGGUGACCUUACUGUGGGAGGACCAGACGCGACGCCACCUGCUGGCCAGCGCCAGGCUUUACUUCUUACCCGAGGACACGCCAAAGGGCCGGACCAGGGAGCACGGAGAGGAUGAAGUUUUGGCGGUGUCCAGGAAGAUGGUGGUGCGGGUGGAGGACCUGGUGAGAUGGUCGUGUGCGCGGCCGGCAGGUUGGAGUAGCUGUUCGAAGCUGGCGCCGCCACCACCCUGCGGGACCAACGGCCUCCACAAACCUCCGCAGAGCAGCGACGGUAACGACAACAACAACAACAACACAGCGGACAAGAGCAGCGAGCCGCUCAGAGACAAAACCGAGAACGGCCCGCUGGAGCGUCAGGGCGUCAAAGUGCUCAGCUACCCGCAGUACUGCCGCUUCCGCUCCCUGCAGAGACGCAUCCAGGAUGGAGCGAGGGGGCUGGGGCUGCAGGACCCCCACCUGCUGGCCCUGGGGGGCGUCAGGGCGCUGCCCAACACCCGGGUGAUGUACUGCAGGGACACGUUCAACCACCCGACGCUGGAGAACAGCGCCGGCUUCUCCUGGCAGUUCAGAUGUCCUUCUCUCAGUCUUCGAGGACGACCUCGCAAGAGGAGAGGCCGCGACGGCAAAGACUCCCCGAACUCCAGCCAAUCAGAGUCCUGGAUCGAGAGGAUGAAGGAGAACGUGAUGGGCAGCGUGGAGGUCGGCUGUGAGGGCAGCUGGCUCCCUCACCCUGAAGAGCAGCUGUUCCUGGAUCAGCUCUACAUCUUCAUGGAGCGUCACGGCUCGCCCAUCCACAAAGUCCCCAACCUCGGCUUCAAGAAGAUCGACCUCUUCCUCAUGUACUCGGUGGUCAAGCGGCUCGGAGGCUACAAGAAGGUGACAGGAGACCGACUCUGGAAAGUGGUUUAUAACGAGCUGGGAGGAUGCCCCGGCAGCACCAGCGCUGCUACCUGCACCAGGAGACACUACGAGAGGCUGAUGCUUCCUUACGAGGAACACCUCAGAGCCGGAGGAGCGGAGUUCAAAAUCCCAGAAUCCCCCACUCCUCCGAAACCCAGAGGGAUCAGAGGAAGGAAACCACUUCCUCGAGGCAGAAAACCAGGACCCAAAGCCAAGGAGAAGAAGAUCACAACCCCCAUCGUGAACCCGAACGGCUCCGUGGUGGUGAAGAGGGGCAGAGGCCGGCCGCCGGGGACACGCAACAAGGCCACGCUGAUCGCUCAGGCCAAGCUGCUGGCUCAGCAGCAGGCCAAAGCCAAAGCGGCGGCGGCGGCGGCGGCGGCGGCGGCGGCGGCAGUGGCAGCGACUGCAGCGCAGACUCAGCAGCAGAGAGCUCUGCUUCCAGCCAAAGGCAGAGGAGGACCGAUGCCCAGCAGCACACACAGGCCCGUCCAGCCGGCCAUCCUCCCCGUCAACAUGCCUCUCACCCCCGACCUCUCCCCCAUGUCGGCUCCCUUCCUCCCCUUCCAGCCCAAACCGAAGGAGCUGAAGCCGGACAGGGGGGAGUCCGCGGCCCCCGCCGCUCCGGGUGUGCUCCUCUCCACUCUGCCUCGCCACUUCGUCGGAGGAUCCCUGGGCGGCUUCAGCCCCAUCAAAGGCGUGUGUCCGCUGGACGUCUUCAGGAGCCGCAUCAGCCUCCAGAGAGCCCCGGAGAGCCCGGCGCUGACGCCUCAAGACCCCACCCAGCACCAUCCGACCGUCUACCCCCUCCAGCCCAAGAGCGGAAGCCCGGACACCCCUCAUCCCAGCGGGGACCAGCCUCAGCCUCAGCCCCACCAGCACCACAACCGCUGCUCAGGGUGUAACGGAGACGAGGGAACCCAGAGGGGGGGCAGCCGGGACGCCAGGAGCCGGCCCCCGCUGCCCCCUCUCCGGGUCCUGCCUCUGAACCUGGACUGCAGCGUUCAGGUGUGCCAGCUGAUGAGAACUCGUUGUCUGGACUCGUCUCAGUUGCAGACCUUCACCCGCCGACUGUCUGAGGCUCUGUCCCAGGACCUGAGCACCAAGCCCCCCUGCUCCCCCAUCACCCCUCCCCCCGAGCAGGCGCUGCCUCUCAACCUCAGCAAACGCUUCACGGUGAAGAGACCCAGCACGGAGGGGCCGGAGCCCAGCCGGGCCGCGAUCAACGGAAACACAGAUCAACCAUCGUCCAAGAGACCCAGAUCCGGGUGCACGGACCAGGCCGAGGACUUCGCCCCGGGGUGCCGGUCCAGCUCCGGGGGGAGUGGAGGAGGGCAGGAUGUAGAGAUGAAGAACCAGGAGGAACCCGCAGACCUGAGCUCCCCGAGCAGGAUCAGGGCCUUCCUGCUCGGGCUGCCGCCCUUCCAGGUGAAACUGGAGGAGGAUCUGAACGGGACCAGGUUUGGGAAGUUUCUUCCUCCGGGAUCUGAGGCCGAAUCCCAGAGGACUGACACAGAGAGAGGGGAGGGGGGCGUGGUCGUAAAGAAGGAAGUGAAGCAGGAGCAGGAGGAGGUGGUCGACCUCGAGCGCCGUGAAACUGAGAUAAGCAACAAAGUGCAGAAGUCGGAGCAGGAGGAGAAAGGUCCCGCCCUCUGCUCCGGUCCUGGACCUGCGGAGCUGAAGAGCGCCGGCUCCUCAAACACUGACACACACUGUUUUUAGCGUUUGUCCCUGUUGUGAUCAGAAAACUGUCGAUCGGUCGGAGAUUAGUCGGUUGUUGGAAUCCGGGAAGUUGUUUUCACCGUGGGGCGCGGUGUCGGUUUUGGAUGUGGGCUCAGGUGAAAUCCUGAACCCACGAAGCAGGGACGUUCGUUUUCCUCAUCUUUGAGAACAUAUGAACUCACAACGUCUCUUCCUUUCCCCUUUUUUUUGUUUUUUUUUUGUCUCCUGUUAUUUCCUGUUUUCCUCUGUGGUUUUCAAUCAGGUCGUUGAUUGAACUCGACACAGACUCAUGACAAUCACACAUCAGUUUCUCUUCCUUCCUCUGUUCGUUUCUCUUUAAGGUUAAAAAAAAAAAAGAAACGGAGGAGCGAGACUGACUCUUUAACAAACACUGCCAUAACCCUCCAUGACACUAUUAACUCCACUAUUCAAUGUUAGGGUGAAAUAUUGAAUAAGAUCCAUGAUACUUAAAAUAAAAAAUCAAUAUUACAUAUAUGGGUGAUGCUAUGCAUCAAGACGUCAUUAUUAGCAUCUAGAGUGUACUGUAGCUCGGUAGUUUCAUUUUUUAAAUUGUACUCUACUUCUGUAGAGAGAUAGUUAUUUUCUGAUAAAGUGUUUAGAUGUUAUGUGGAGCUCCGGGCGAGGAGCUCCUCGGUCUUCACGUUAUAGCUCGUUAAGUGAAGCCUUUCUAUAGUCCUGCUCAUUAGCUGAAAUUAUAUAAACCUUUCUUACACGUAUGUGCCUUAAAACGGCCUGCGAUCAGUUUCAUCGCCGGCUUCAAACACAUUCACUCAGAGAGAUACCUUGAUGUUGGACCUGCUCAGCUUCCUGUCACUCCUCAGCACGUCCCCGUGGAUCCUCGAGUUUCUGUUUCUUUGAGAAACGAAAACGAAACUUUCCAUUUGAUUAUUUGCACAUACCAAUGUAAUGCAAGAAGAAUGUCCCGCACUCUGCUCUCAUUCAGCGUCACAAUCAUCCUGAUGCUGAUGAUCGAUAAACUACGAAACUUUUAAAAGAAGCCAAAGUUUUCAAAAUUUAAAUAAUUAUUUUAGCAGCUGAACAAAAGCUCGUCUGAAUAAAUCAAGAGUUCUGAUCAGGACAAACCUGCUCUCUGUCUUUGAGUUUUUAAUCCUCUGUGUUGAGGUUCGAUUCCCAGCUUUGCUCUUUGCACCGUAAAGUCCAAACUGCGGCCACACGUUGGCGCCGUCGUCUCGUCUUUUAUCACUACCACUGAUCAGCCAAUAAGAAAUGACAUCAGCGCGGGAGGAGGAUCAUACAUGAACAUGUAGCCCAGACAUUCAGACUACCUCAGGUUCUUUUUUUCUUUAAAAAAAAACAAACAUUUUCCACCUGCGUUAUCUCUUGCAAGGGGGCGGAGCUUAUCCUUAACACACACACACACAGGCGCACUCAGAUCUCAUUUCCACCUGGUGUUGAAGGUUAUUCUGGAUUUUUCUUAUCGUCAGCACUUUGACUUCCCCGCUCGGACGGAAGAAACUCAAAUGUAUAGUUUAACUUUUUAAAAGAGGAUCAGUAAUUUUCCUAAAACAGCUGAUCACUGUGGUUUUUAACAAACAAACAGGAGAUCAGCUGGCAGACAUGUCAAUAAAACAUGGUUCAUCUCAGGUGAAGGGAAGCAAUGCUGCUAUGCUACGUGUGGACUCUUGUUCAGGGGAAUUUUAUUUUUGAGUAGUUUGACAUUUUUGGGGGAAUAAACUUUAGAGCUUUAGAGUCUCUUGUAGGUGGAUUUUGUUGCUUUUGGACAGAACCAGUUUAUCUGUUUCUCCCUGUUUCUGGUCCUCAGCUCAGUCCCAUCCUCGGUCGCUCUCUUUCUGAGAAGUGAAUCAUCACUGGUGCGCAAUGAAUGUUGGGAUAUGUCGGGCCCCCCCCCGGCCUUAGCUUCAUAUUCAGGUUAGAGACAUAAAGAGACGAAUCAACCCCCCCCCCCCCUAAAAUGUAUACUGCUCCUUUUAAGACCGUGACCAAAACUGAGAUGUGACGAUGUUGUGACUGUUCUGCUGCUGAUCCAGAUCCAGAUCCAGAUCCAGCUCGUGUGUUAACGCUAGGUGGAAAUGAGGGAAUCAAACCCGCAGCAUUCCCCUCCACAUAAACCAGCUCACUGAUCCUCCUCCUCCUCUUCCUCCUCUUCUUCUUCCUCCUCCCCUCGUUGUGUCGAAAAAGAAAAAACCUCUUGUAGCUGAAAGAACUCAAACGUCAAGGUAUCUCUUCACUCAGCCUUUUCCCUCGUUUCUCUGCCACAGAUUUGCACACCUACUGUACCCGUUUGCUUCAUUUGGAUUUUGCAUAUUUAUAUCUGCCAUGUUUGUUUUUGUUUUUCUGUUUGUUUUUUUGUUUUUUUCUUCUUGCCAAUGUUUUAUUUUUUACCAGAAUAGUGGAGUCAACCACGACACCGAAAUGAACUGGUGCUGUUUAUUCUAAAUCGUGUAGCUGUUGCCAUAUUGUUGUUGUUGAUGUUGUUGUUUUUCUGGGUUUUGUUUUUUGUUUUGUUUUGUUUUUUUGUUUUUUUGUCGAUAAAGCUGCAAAAUCUUUUCAUCUCAGCAAGUCAUCAAAAUCUCAUCUCGGGAAAAAAAAAUCCUCACAGCAGAUUUAUUAUUUGUCCAGAGAGUUUAAAGAAAUUAU